CCCGAGUAUAUAUAUCACACCCGUGGCUCUCGGAGGCCGACGGUCUCGGACUGAACCCACGGCCAUGUGCACCCUCAGCUUCCUGCGUGCCUUUGGCCUCUUUGCUGCUCUCCAGGUGCCCGGUGCCUUGGCAGAGGAAGCAGAGACCUUUGCAAAGGGCACAGUCCUGGUGUCCAGCUCAGACCAGAGUGAGAUUGUGAACAAGCAUAAUGACCUGAGGAGAAGUGUUCAGCCUACGGCCAGCAACAUGCUGCAGAUGAGCUGGAACAGGGAGGCAGCAGCCAACGCUCAGAGAUGGGCCAACACCUGCUCCAUGAAUCACAGCCCUGACAGCUCCAGGAAGAUCAGCACUAGCGGCUGUGGAGAGAACCUGUACAUGUCCAGCUACCAGAGCUCAUGGAGCGAUGCCAUCCAGUCCUGGUACGACGAGGUGAAGGACUGGCGCUACGGAAUGGGAUCUGUCAACGGAGGCGUGGUCGGGCAUUACACACAGCUUGUCUGGUACAGGUCCAACCAGGUCGGCUGCGCCAUGGCCUCCUGUCCCAACGCCGCGUACAAGUACUUCUAUGUCUGCCAUUACUGCCCACCCGGAAACUACCAGUACGCUCGCCCCUACAAAUCGGGACCCCCCUGCGGCGACUGCCCCAACGCCUGCGACAACAAACUGUGCACCAACCCCUGCCCGUACGCCGAUCAGUACAACAACUGCCCCGAUCUGAAGCAGCAGUGGGGCUGCAGCAACAAGGACGUGGCCUCUUGGUGCCCCGCCUCCUGCAAGUGCACCACGCAAAUUAUUUGAAUGCCACACGUCCACAUGACUCGUCGGUCAGUUUCAAUAAAGAUAUACACAUCUUCA